AUGGCUAAGAAAUAUCUAUGCCGUCAUAAGAUCCUCGGCGGUAUUGUCAGUCUGAAGCUGUGUCUUCUGCUUUUCCUGCACUAUCGUUUCAAUGUCCUCCCAAUCCACAAGCAACAACAGAGCUCGGCGGUGAUCGAAGAAGAGCUGCUUAUUGAUAGACGCAGGGCACCAACAUGGAAGAAGCGUCUGCAAUGGAUUCAAGAAGAGCUGCCCUCCUACCCGUUGGCUGAAAUGUUGCAAAUGAAGCCACAGCACAAGAAGCUGGCGUGCGCACCCCUUACGGAGGAAAUCGAGUUCCACAACGACUACUGGCAAGUGGCGCGUGCUGGAAACCUCACCUACUACCUCUUUGGUGCUUACUAUGAUCGCAGAGAGACGGUGCCGAGGGCACCACUCGUGCGCCUCCUGGUCAUGGUAAAUGAACGCGGCGAUGAAGGUGCAACAUAUCCCAUUACGCAUUGCCAGCUGUGGUUCAAGACACGCAACAAACCGCUUAUAGUGCCCGUGCACGAGCACAAGGUGGUGUGGCAUUGGGGUAAGAAGCCGCGUCUCUACUAUCCCACGCUCAUGGCGUGCGCAGUGCCUGUGGGUGAGGUGCCCGAUAUGGUGUCGCUUGUGGCGCAACGCUGUGACAGAGCGACCAACCUGCUCAAGGUGGUGUACGAGCCACCGACACCGGAGCAGCAGCAGCAGCAGCAGCAUCACCAGGACGGAGGGAAUCGCCGUCCACGCUUUGUUGUCUGCGUCAAAACCAUGGAUUUCUUAUACAACGAUAUGUCCUGGCGUUUAAUCGAAUGGCUGGAGCUGAUGCGCUUGUUGGGCGCUGAUAAGGUCGUCCUCUAUAAUGGGCCCAUGCAUGCGAACAUGACGCGUGUGCUUCGCGAUUACAUGGAGAACGGUUCAGGAUUCGUCGAGCUCCGUUCGCUAUCCUUGGGCCGCGGAGAGCCAAAUGUGCCACCACACCUACACCACUUCUUGCUGGCGCGGGACUACUUGAAUCGCAUCCUCAACGAAAUGAUACCCUACAACGAUUGCUUAUAUCGCAAUAUGUAUCGCUACGAUUACAUUGGCGUCUUUGACAUUGACGAGGUCAUCAUGCCGCUCGGCAAUGUAACCAACUGGGCGGACCUAAUCCAGUUGGCCCACCACGUGCCCGACUACAUGAACCGCACCAGUCCAACGUGCAGCCAAUGGGUGAGCUUCUGCUUCCGCAAUGUCUAUUAUCCCCGCUAUGAAGGACGCGCCAAAUAUUUUCAUCAACUGCCCGCCUACUUCUAUAUGCUGCAGCAUGUGGAACGCACCGCGCAAUAUUGUGAUCGAACAUUGGCGACAAAGUGCCUGCAUUCGACCCGCUACGCAAUUGGACUCCACAACCACCUCCCCCUGCACUGGACAGAAGAGGCGUGCUGCGCCCCCAAGUCGGUGCCCAUUCAAUACGCCCAGAUGCAGCACUACAGAGAGCCUGACAACAAGACCUGGCUGCUAGAUCCUGUGCUGGAUGAUAACAUCUGGCGCUUUCAGCCGCAGCUGCAGCAAAACACUUUGGCCAAGUACAAGGAGUUGGGCUUCCUGCCGAGCGCAAAUGAAAAUGGCUCCUGA